CCAGCAAAGGCGCGAAGCAACCGAAACUUGGUGCUUAAAUCAGUAUACCAAAAAUCCUCAGCCAUAACAUCCCCCAACAAACGAUAAAAUGGAUGACAGGUCGAGCAAGAAGAGAAAGCUUAAAGAAGUCAACGGUGCCAAAGCUUCGGCUGCUGCUGCUGACGUUAUCGUCAAGUCAAAGAAGCUGAAGAAGGCACAGCCGCAAGAGGAUGUCGAACCCAAAGUUGACAAUAAUUCGGAGGAGGAGGAGGACGAGAACAGUUGGAGUGAUGAAGAGGAGAAUGAAGCCGCAGACGAUGCCGCCGAUCAAUCCGACUCUGAUGACGAAGGCGACGACACUAUCGCCGCACCGGCUAAAGAGGCCGACAAUGGCGACAUCCCCGGCGAUCUGACCUUGCCAACAACUGCCGAGUCCGAGGCACAGGCAUUCUCCGAACUGAACCUCUCCGAAAACACGAUGAAGGCCAUUGAAGAGAUGGGCUUUACAAAAAUGACCGAGAUCCAGAGGCGGGGUAUUCCUCCACUGUUGGCUGGCAAGGACGUCCUUGGUGCGGCCAAGACCGGCUCCGGCAAGACGCUGGCCUUCCUGAUACCCGCCGUCGAGAUGCUUCGCUCGCUCAAGUUCAAGCCUCGCAACGGAACCGGCGUCAUUGUCGUGUCGCCCACCCGCGAACUUGCCCUGCAGAUCUUUGGUGUUGCGCGCGACUUGAUGAAGCACCACUCGCAGACUUAUGGCAUUGUCAUUGGUGGCGCAAACCGUCGCGCUGAAGCAGAGAAGCUCUCAAAGGGUGUCAACCUGCUCAUCGCGACGCCGGGUCGGCUGCUCGAUCACUUGCAAAACACGCCAUUUGUCUUCAAGAAUUUGCGAUCCCUGGUCAUCGACGAAGCGGAUCGUAUUCUGGAAAUUGGUUUCGAAGAUGAGAUGAGGCAGAUCAUCAAGAUUCUACCAAAGGAAAGACAAUCAAUGCUCUUCUCGGCUACACAGACAACCAAGGUUGAGGACCUCGCGAGGGUGUCUUUGCGCCCAGGACCACUUUAUCUCAACGUGGACGAGGAGAAGGAGUACAGCACAGUGGAGGGACUGGAACAGGGCUACGUUGUCUGCGAAGCCGACAAGCGCUUCAUCCUACUUUUUUCAUUCCUGCAGAAGAUGAAAAAGAAGAAGAUUAUCGUCUUCUUCAGCAGUUGCAACUCGGUCAAGUACUAUGCUGAACUGCUGAACUACAUCGACUGCCAAGUUCUGGACCUCCACGGCAAGCAAAAACAGCAGAAGCGAACCAACACUUUCUUUGAAUUCUGCAACGCCGAAAGGGGAACUUUGAUCUGCACAGAUGUUGCUGCUCGUGGUCUUGAUAUCCCUGCUGUUGACUGGAUCGUGCAAUUCGACCCGCCUGAUGACCCUCGUGACUACAUCCAUCGUGUGGGAAGAACAGCACGUGGCACAAACAAGAAGGGUCGCUCCCUGAUGUUUUUGUUGCCCAGCGAGGUUGGCUUCUUGACUUAUCUCAAGCAGGCCCGUGUUCCUGUGGUCGAGUUUGAUUUCCCGACCAAGAGCAUCAAGAACGUGCAAUCUCAACUCGAGAAGCUUAUCGGCAAGAACUAUUACCUCAACUCUAGCGCCAAGGAUGGGUUCAGGUCAUAUCUGCAUGCCUAUGCGAGCCACAGCCUGCGGUCUGUCUUUGACAUAAACAAAUUGGACCUGGCAAAGGUUGCCAAGAGCUUUGGCUUUGCAACGCCACCAAGAGUGGACAUUCAACUCGGUGCAAGCAUGAGCAAGGACAAGAAAGCGGGAGGAAGGAGAGCAUACGGAAGUCAACCCAGGCAAGGCGGUACAUAUGGAAAGAGGCGAUAAUGAUGAAAAAGGACCUAUUUGAUAAAGGCGUUCACGCGAAUGGCGUUAAUUGUUUAUGUACGAUUCAAAAAUAAUUUCGGCGUCUAUCUUUAGCCACGUCCCUGUGAA